CCAUCUUCUCCAACCGCCGCGCUGUCCAACCGCAACCGCCGCUGCGACCAAUCACCUCCUUCUCCAAUCUCCAUCCAUCUUCUAUGUUGUCUAAAGUCUCCACAAACCCUAAUUUUUGUAAAUUUCAAGGUGGAAAAGUUAAGAUGAAGUUUCAAAGAAUCGAUUCUAUUUUCAAGAGGAAGGCCGUUGAUAUUCAAAAAGAUGAAGUUAUAGUUUCUUCAUCUGAACCUGAACAAGCUCAUGAGAAUCCAAGAAUUGAAGAAAAUGAGUCUCGUCCUUCAAAGAUUAAUAGAGUUGAUCCGGAUGACAUUGAAAAUUCUUUAGAAAGGGAUCCAGGAAAACGUAUUCCAAUUUGCCAAUAUCCACCAAAUCAAAAGGAUGCAAUACGAAGAGCCUAUCUAAAAUGGGGUCCUUAUCAAUCAAACUUAGAAAUCUAUCCCAUGUCCGGUAUCGGGAAAGAACAAAGGCGGUUUCAACACAGUUGGUUUAGCUUGUUUUCUUCGUGGCUAGAAUAUUCGCCGUCAGAAGAUGUUGCCUAUUGCUUACAAUGUUAUCUAUUUAGCAACAAACCAAGUGGACGUCCCGGAUCAGAAGUAUUCAUUUCUACUGGCUUUAGAAGUUGGAGGAAAGUUAGAAAUGGAGAGAAUUGUUCCUUUCUUAAACAUAUAGGGAAGGAUCCUCGCUCACCACACAACAAUGCAAUGAAAGCUUGCCAAGACUUCUUCAAUCAAGAUGGGCAUCUUAGGAAUGUUAUUGAAGUGCAAAGUUCGAGUCAAAUUCUGAAUAAUCGACUAUGUCUCAAGACUUCAAUUGACACUGUUCGUUGGUUAACAAUUCAAGCUUGUGCUUUUAGGGGUCACCGUGAAGGAAACAAAUCGAGAAAUCAAGGUAAUUUUCUUGAUUGUUAAAACUUUUAGCAUCCUACAAUGAUGAAGUUGCAAAAGUUGUGUUGAAAAAUGCUCCAGAAAAAUGCAAAUAUACUUCACAUCAAAUCCAAAAAGAGAUAUUACAAAUUCUUUCUAGUAGGGUGAGAAAACAUAUUCGUGAAGAAAUUGGUGAUUCUAAAUUUUGCAUCGUCGUUGAUGAAGCUCGUGAUGAGUCAAAAAAGGAACAAAUGGCUCUUGUGUUAAGGUUUGUUGAUAAAGCUGGUUUGAUACAAGAGAGAUUUUUUGAUGUGGCACGUGUUAAUGACAUUGCUUCCUUAACUCUUAAGGAAGCAGUAUGUGGUAUACUUUCUCGACAUAACCUUGAUGUUUCUAACAUUCGUGGUCAAGGGUAUGACGGUGCUAGCAAUAUGAGAGGAGAAUGGAAUGGUUUACAAGCACUUUUUAUUGAAGAUUGUCCUUAUGCUUACUAUGUCCACUGUUUUGCUCAUCGGUUACAACUUGCCUUAGUUACUGCAUCAAGAGAAGUUGCAUCAAUUCAUAAAUUCUUUGAGAAGCUGACUUUUGUUGUCAAUGUUGUUGGUUCUUCUACUAAGCGCCAUGAUGAGUUACAAGCUGCCCAAGAAAAGAAAUCAAAAAAAUUUGCCCAACGUGCGGAUGCUGAUAGUUCAUACAAUCACCUAAAGUCUUUUGAUUUUAUAUUUAUCUUGCAUUUGAUGAAAGAAAUUAUGGGGACAACAGAUUUGCUUUGUCAAGCCUUGCAAAAACAAUCUCAGGAUGUUGUUAACACUAUGCUUUUGGUUCGUUCAACAAAAGCUCUUAUUCAAGAUUUGAGAGAAAAUGGUUGGGAUAAGUUGUUUGCCAAUGUGGUGUCUUUUUGUGAAAAACAUGAUAUUGAGGUUCCUGACCUCAAUGAUUGUCCUUCAACAACAAGAUUUGGGUGUUCUCGCCUUAAAGAUAAUCAGGUAAUAGAACAUUAUUUCAGAGUUGAAAUCUUUUUUACUACCAUUGACAAACAAUUGCAAGAGUUGAAUAGCAGAUUUAGUGAGCAAGCAAUGGCUUUGUUGAGUCUAAGUUGUGCUUUGUCUCCGGAGGAUGGAUAUAAAGCUUUUGACAUUAACACUAUAUGUACUCUUGUUGAAAAAUAUUAUCCCAUGGAUUUUAGUGACCAGGAAAACAUUAAUUUGCCAUUUCAUCUUCAACAUUUCCUUUUUGAGGCUCGUGAAUCAUCAACUUUGAAAAAUUUAUCAACUAUUCAAGAAUUAUGCUCAUGUUUGGUUGCUGCCAUUCCUGCCAAUGGACAACCCAAAAAACACUUGUUGCUUGAUUGGUUGUUGCGUCUUGUUAUGACUCUUCCGGUUUCUACAGCCACAACUGAAAGAUCUUUUCAGCAAUGAAAAUUAUCAAAUCUAAGUUGAGAAACAAGAUGGAACAUGGAUUUUUAGCAAAUAGCAUGUCAGUUUACAUCGAAAGGGAUAUU